ACAGAGAGAAUGACAAAGCUAUCUAUAGCAAAGCCGUAAUAUUCUCGAAAAUAACACAUUUUACAAGUUUUAGUUAACUGCAGUUGUAAAAUGUACAGCUUCAACGGAGAUUUUCGUCAGAAACCUGUCCAGUCUUUAAGGGGUGCAAGUAGAAAUGAAAAAAAGGACUCAUUAUUGCAAAGAGCUCAAGAGGAAAGAAGAAAAAGAGAGGAAGCCCGUCUUCAAAUUUCAAGUGCCACCAAAAUACAGUCAUACUUUAGGGGUUAUUAUAUUAGAAAAAAUCUAAGGGCACAACUGCAGACUGAGUUUGAUAAAAAGUUUCAAAGCAAAGGCAAUCAAAUUAGUUUUGACAUCAACUCUCUCAGCUGGUGUAUCUCAAAGCUGUGCUUGUUUUUUAGAGAUCCAUUGGAUGGUCAAAGACUUGUAUUGUUAUGCCAGCAGCUGAUAAAACAGAAAGAUGAAUACCUCAACAGUUUCCAUGGAAACCCUUCUGGGUUAUAUUUACAAAUUAGUUCUUUAUUGAACAUAGUUGUUGGAUACUUGAAUACUAUAGCGGAGGCAAAUACGCCGAUAGCCAUACCAAUGAGAAUGUUAGAAAUCUUCCUGUCUCCCUUAACCUAUGGCAAUAUUAACUUUGGAGGAAAUACAGACAACCAGAAGUUUGUUUCUGAACUUUUACAAAGCUUGGUCAAUAAAGGAUAUUUUAACUGUUUGAGAAAGUUACUGAACAGCCGAGUCCCAGCAAGCCUGGAGAAAACAUCUGUCCCACCCACACCAAUAGCUGAGUCAAUCUUUGAGCUGAUCAUGAGUCCUGUUAGUUUUGCUGUCACAGCAGCUGAUAAGUCAUUCAAACAGGACAUUUUGAGAAAAGUAACCAAGACAUUCCUUUGUGAGCAAUACUCAGAACAAAUAGCAUUAUUCCUUUUACCAGCAAUGGCUUAUGGGAAAUACCCAUUCCCAUUUGUUGAACUGAUUCAGACACUAAUUGAAGGGACAGUUUUACCAGCUAGAGGGUCAGAUUUACCCUCACCCUCUUACGACUCUGAAGAUGACUACAACAUCGGAGAUGGUGACACUCCUUGGCUUUUGGUCUCUUUGCUGAUGUUGGCAAACAAAGAGCUAGAUAAUUUGGAUGUGAAGCUGUGUGCAGCAUAUUUAAAGCUGCUACAGAGACUGCUCCAGCAGCUACCAGCAUCCAAACAGUCUAGCAUCUACUCUGGUGAUGUUUCUGAUUCAGAGGAUGAAAUGGAACUAGAUAAUGAAUUUGGAUCAACAAAUAUAGAAAAUGUGCGCUCUGAAUGCUUACGUUUGAUUGACUCCGAGGCUCAUCUCAAAUGUAUUUUCAAUGUUUUAAUGAAUCUCCCAGCAUCUGAGUACAUAGAGUCUCUUGCCUCCAUAGCUUAUUGUCUUCUGGCUUAUCAGAAAAUGUCACUACAUAAAGUCAGACUGCUGUAUGUCUUGGCAUUUAACCCACAGUUUAUGAGAAGCCUUUGGGAGGCUUGUUACACUGUGUCUAUUCCUACAGUUACCAGAUCCAGUACCUCAUUGUUGAACAUGUUAUCAAAAGGUGUACCUAUCUCAAGAGCGAACAUGGCCAGGAUAGUCCCUUUGUUGACCACAUUCUGUUGUUUGUUUAACCACUCAUUGCUCACUCUACAUGAUGGGGAUUUCUACAGGGAUGCUGAAGUUGCAUCUUCAAGUAUGCCCUUUAGUCUAGAUGAGGUUGUUGUGAUGUGCCAAUAUUUACGAGACACUUGUUUAGGAAUUAUUGAAUUGGCACAUCCAGAUUCAAGAGUCACCAUCAGCAAUGAUUACAAGCAGGCCCUUAGAAAGACUGGAGCUUUCUUAAAUUCAAAUAAUGAUGAUUAUAAUUCUGAAUCAACUAAGCAAUGGGCAUUUUUAUUUAAGGUUAUCUCUACUUUAGUAAGGCAGCUUCAUAACAGAGACAGUCGCCGUCCUUUUUGUCCCAUGGGACAUUGGCUGGCUCCAAAUAUUAAUAUACGCACAGAUCGGCCCUCUCAGAUAUACUCAGUCCAGAAUGCAAUUUUUGUACGACGGGACUUUGGAACACUUAGCUUGUUAACCAAAGCUAACACAGACACUGAUGCACCGCCACUUGCUAAUCGUGAUGUAAGAAACCUUGUGAUAUUAACAGAGUUACCUUUUGUGGUAGCUUUUCUAGAUAGGGUUAAGAUUCUACAAAAUUUGAUAAUUGUUGAUAAACAAGAGCACCAGGGUGAGCUAACAAACUUUGGCCUGGGCUCGUCUAUUGUCGUCACCAUCAGGAGAAACUUUAUUUAUGAAGACGCUUUUGAAAAAUUGUCACCAGAAAAUGAACAGAAUUUAAAGAAGAGAAUGCGAGUCAGUCUCCUAAACUAUGCAGGUCUUGAUGAGGCUGGUAUAGAUGGUGGAGGCAUUUUUAGAGAGUUUCUAUCUGAGCUCUUGAAGACAGGAUUUGAUCCAAACCGAGGAUUUUUUAAGUACACAGAGGACAGGGCCUUGUACCCAAAUCCAGAGGCUGGUUUGCUUGUGGAAAACUUCACAGCUCACUACUUUUUCUUGGGGCGUAUGUUAGGAAAGGCAUUGAUGGAGAACUUACUUGUUGAGCUCCCAUUUGCCUCUUUCUUCCUGUCCAAGAUCUUAAGCCCUGGAAAUGCCAACUUAGACAUUCACCACCUGCAGUCAAUGGACCCUGUCAUGUACAAAAAUCUGUUAUUUCUGAAGCACUAUGAAGGUGAUGUGGCAGAUUUAGGUCUGGAUUUCACUGUAGUUAACAGUGAAUUUGGGGAAACUAAGAUUGAAGAAUUGAAGCCUGGAGGCAGAAACAUCCAGGUGACUGAUGCGAAUAAAAUAAAAUACAUCCACCUGAUGGCUGAUUACAGGAUCAAUAAACAGAUUCGACCACACUGCAAUGCGUUCAGACAAGGUAUCAACGAUGUGAUCCAGCUUGAAUGGCUGCAGAUGUUCAACAGUGGGGAGCUGCAAGUUCUCAUCUCUGGUGCAGCCGUUCCUAUUGAUCUUCUUGAUUUACGCUUUUACACAAAGUAUUCUGGUGAUUACCAUGACCAUCAUCCUGUGAUAACCCUGUUUUGGGCUGUGGUUGAUGAUUUCACAGACAAACAAAAACAACAGCUUCUCAAGUUUGUCACAAGUUGUUCAAGACCUCCGUUGCUGGGAUUUAGGGAUUUGUACCCGGCAUUCUGUAUCCACAGUGCGGGCGCUGAUGUUGACCGUCUGCCCACUGCCAGCACAUGCAUGAAUCUACUCAAGCUGCCACCCUUCCAGGACAUGCUGACCAUGAAAACAAAACUAUUGUACGCCAUUGAAUCUGGUUCAGGGUUUGAGCUCAGUUGACCUACUCAAAUAUGUUCUGUCACAGAAAAGAUUGACUUGAAGUUUAGCUCAUUGUCACCACGGCUGUCUUGGUGUUAAGUCAUGGUCAGGUUUUAGAUGUGGGUCUGGCAUCAAUAUCUCAAAAAUACAUUUCUAACUGGUUUUUAAAAUCUCAUAUUUUAUAAAAAAAAAUAAUUACAAUUUGAAUUAGAUUUUGUUCUCUCAUUUGAACAAUUGGUAGUUUAAGUUUUAAAAAGAAGCUUAAAAAGCACAACCUACAUAUUUGUUGAGUUUAUGAAAUUUGUUUGAUUGGCUUAUCCUUAUAGUGCAAAUGUAGGCCUACUUGUCCACUCAGCUCUGAAUGCCUAUCAGUUAAAGGGGGACAACUGGCUUACCAUUGAGAUGAUGCCCAUGCAUUUCCUCACAAAGUAACCUAUGAAUGCUAUUUUACUCUCAUGCCUCAAAAGCAUACACUUCUUUUGAAAAAAAAAUGUUUUUUUUUUUCAAAUAAAAAUGAAAAAAGAAAUUGAAUGUAAAUAAAAAGAAAUCAAAGUUCUAAACGUAGAUUUUUUUUAAAUUUUGAAAACUUCCCCAUGAAAAUUUCAUAGACAGAUUUUUAGACUAAUAAAAAAAUACUUUCACUUUGUAAUCAUGUGGUAUGUGUACAAUCUUGGUAAAAUGGUUUAUGCUUAUAGUUUGAAAUUAUGAAUAUACUGUCAAAGGCUAUUUAAAAUUUUUGGGCCUGGAUUUUCUUUUUUUUGAAGUAAAACUAAAAAGCAUUCAAUUUUUGCAGAGGUCACAGAAACAAGUGAACUCUACUUCACUUGCCUCAUAGACCGUCAGGUUUGAAAGGGAAACUUUACUUUAAAAAAAGCAGGCUGUUAACCAAACUUACUCUUGCCAAAUGCUCACACAUUUUAUUAAACAUUACAACUGAACCAUUAAUUGAACUCAUCCAAACCUACUCUUGCCAAACACUUACAGUAAUUUUAUUUCGAUCAGUGAGAAUAAUAUUUUUGACCUUUAGAAUAAUACAUAAUAGAAAUGUGUUAAAAUUUACAAAAACCUGCUUUUAGUAAUUUGAAUUUGAGUAUUUUAUUGUAUUGACAUUACAUUUUUCUGAUCAUGGCUUUGGAAUUUUUAGCUCUGUGUUUUGUAUUUUUUUUAAACAUAUACAAACACAAACCUUUACAACUUAAAUCUCGGAAUUUGGUUGAUAAAAAUCUGAUUUUUAUGCAUUGCUUUUAGUUUAAGUAAAAGCUUUAAAAAUUUAAAUGCAAUCUUUAGAGACAAUUAAAACCUUUAUUUCACCUUGCACCACAGCAUCAGAAAAAGAAUCAACUACAAUGCACCAGUUAAAAAAAAUGUAGGCCUGAUUUUAUUUGAUUAUAUAAAAAAGGUAUUAAAUUUAAAAAUGGUUAUUUCAUUACUUUGUAAAUUAUAUCUGAUAGCUUUGUGAUAAUUCUAAAGAGAAUAUGUUGCAUUAAAUCUGUUUCUCUAUUUCAUUUGUGUUGUUUUUACUGGGCAAAAUGUAAUACGUCUUCGCUGUUAUUUCACAGAAAGAUUGAAAUUAAAGCUAAUUAUUACUUUGAGACUUUAAUUUGUGAUCUUUUAAAGCGGCUGUUAGAAUUGUUUCUGUGUAUUCUUUCAUAGAGUAACUGUGUACUCAAUAGUUUAAUGAAACUUGAUCAACUGAAUGUGCCACUAUUCCAGUCUUUUAUUCUGACAUUGUCAAUGUAGUUAUUUUUAUAAGUACAGAAUUUUCAAAUUUUCUAUUCCUCAACUAUGGCGAAAAAAUAUAUUGUAUAAUCUUUUGGGCAGAGUUGCUAUUUUUUCUAUCAUCAUUUCUAUAUACAUAUGUGCUCAUUUAAAGUGAACUGUUACAAAAAAGAUAUUCCUCAAAAAGUAGAUGCCUUUGAUACCCUAGAUAUUUUCCCAUAUUUCUUGAUACAUUUGUAUCAUACAGUAAACUAUUGUGCUCAGAAGGAAGAAAUUGCUCAAAAUUUCUUACCCUGAUCCUUUGAUUUUACAUCACUUUUAAAAAAAAUUAGUAACAGAAUUUAAAAAAAAAAUAAACAAUCUUGUAUUGUGCUUACAAGGAGUUUUGUUUAUUUAAUAUUUUUCUGUACAAAGAAAUUACUAUACUUGUGUUACGGUUUCAUUUUUCUUUCAUUUAUAAAUAUCGGCCAUUGUGUAAUUUAUUUCAGUUUGUAUUUUUGUUGGGAAAUAAAAACAAAUGAAAAAUGUUUAACUUGGAUUUUGUCUUUUUAAUUGUAAACACUAAUGAAGUAAUUUAUCUGGAAAGCAAAUGUGACUAAAGACAAAUGUUCCAAUAAUAAAAACAAAAUCCUUUACAUUUGGAAAAUUUUCUACUUUAUGAAAAUUUAAACCUUGUUUCAAAAGCGCUCUGUGAUUAAUAAUUAAUUAUUUACUGUGUGCUGAAGUCGUUUCUGUCAUUUCCACUAGAUU